CGCCAACAUCAUCACCGUACUCUACAACCCAUCGCUGGAGUUUAACGCGCCUCUUCAACUCAACACCGCCGUGCCUGCUUGUCCAGCACCGCUGCUCACUGUCGCCGUCCUCUUCAAUCCCUCCACUCGACCCAGAACGACCCCACAAGGCCCUAGGUUGGUGGCGGUCCUCCGAUCAGACGCCCAGAACCGCCCCGAUCUCACCCAUCGGUGGCAGUUCUCCGGCACGGUUCAGAACUGCCCCUUGCCUUUUCCGGUGGUUGUCCUUCGGAAGAGUGGGUUUGGAGUCGCGCGCACAGAUAGGUCAGGGCUGCCUAAAACAGACACUGUUCAGAAGCCUGGGCGGGCGGGAUCCUGCUGAGAAGCGGGGGAUGGGUUCGUAUCAUGACUGUUUGUAGCGCUGACUACCUUCACCAGGUCCCCAAUAUGGCGAAGGAGACAUUAGUCGAGAGGGCGGUGGUGGAGUGGCGGAACGAGAGCGGCGAAGCGUGUGGGCUGGGGUGCGCGACACCAAUUAAUGAUUCCGACCCCAGCUUAAUGUUCACCGUCUUCCUCGAGCAGGGCAAGGUCCUCGCGCUGCUGCGGAUCGCCGUCACCGUCAAAGGCGGAGGCCGGGCCAAGUCCCGCCCUUUCGAUCUUGUCAUCCCGCUGCACACAUCGCACUUCGAGAGGCGUAGUAUCACGCUUACUGGCAUUCAAGAGACUUCGGUUCGUGAUGCGAUAUGCAAGGCGCGUCUUUCGCGCUCUGGCAAGCUGCACCGUGUACAAAUCAAUCUGUCUGAAGAUACAUCCAAAGUCAUCACACCUCAUAAGAAUGAAGGAAAUUUUGUCGCAACUUCCGACACCGCGCUUGACCUGCUGUCUGGACUUUUCUGUCUUGCAGAAACCCGCGAGUUCGUCGUGUACAUGGGAAUCAGCAAUUACGCCGACAUGGGUCUUGCCGUCCUCGAUGCUGCCCUGCGUGAGCCUUUGCAAUUUCUACCGCCCGAAGAGUUUCGCACACUCUACGAUGGCCGUAGCGCCAUGAUCGCCACACGGGAGAUGGUGAAGGGCACGAGGCGGAAACAAGGAAAAGGCACUGUUCCACCCAGACUCUCAGACAAUGAAACUCCUGCCUACGAGAAGAGCCCACCGCCAGCCACAACGCCACCCGCAUAUGCGCUAUCGUCCCAACUCCAUUUCGUACAAGUUCCGGAUACGCCCGCUGCCACCCGUUUUCUUCGCCAUGUCUUGAGUUUGCCAGUGAGCCCAGGCGAUUCUCCCGUCCCAGAAUCGGUACCUUCGGAAAAAGGUUCUCUUGUGUCGUGGGAUCUGGGUGCUAGCCAGUCAUCGUGGCCGAUGCCCAUUUUCCCUGACGAGUUGGAGAUUGAGAACUUAGCCAAUGACUGCCCCGUCGGAAGCACCCCGAUCGGGAAUUCUCCCGUCGAAAACCAUGACGGUGACCAUCCUUUCAGCAACUAUCCAACCGAGGACCAUCCCGUCAACGACCGUAUUGCGGAAAAGCAGCCCAACCAAGACCAUCUUGUCGAAGACCAUUCUGCAGGACACUUGUCUCCGGAAUGCCAUUCAAGCAAACCUCCGUCCGAGGGCCUUACAGUGGAAGACUCCUACCGUAUGGACAGAGUCUCUUGCACCCACUCUGUCUCUACCUCCAGCAUCCGUGAACCAACAGAUUCCUUGCCACCCCACUCCACCCCCUCAACGCCUCUCUCCCAGCCCGCUCGCAAGCGUCAACGCGUCUUCAACCGUUCCCGCUCCGUUCCCUCUCCAACAAACGCCCACCACUCAUCUCAGGUCCGACUACAGCAUUGGCUCCACCUCGCCAUCCGUCGCAAUUCCCGCGUCUACGAGCAUCCCGCGCUACAACAUCUCUUCACAUCGUUCACCCAUACUCCCGGCACCACUGACUCCGCUCUUGACGCACACAUCGCGCACGCAACCGCUGUCAUUGCGUGUGAUAUCAACGGCUUCCUGCACCUGCAGCAGCAGCAGGACAAUGUCGGAGCACUGGCAGAGGCGGUGGCGGACGUGGAGGGUCUCGUCUCGUGGGCGAUGAGUCGUAGUCCGAACGCCGAGCUGGAUCUUUGGCACGAGUUUAUGCAGCUUGGAGCUGCUGCGAGAGAAAGUCUGAAUGGAGGCGAAGAAGAGACGGAAGCCUAUAUCGGGAUGAAGUCGGGAAUCGUAGCAGGGUUGAUGAUGACGGAUGCAGGCGUGGUGACAAAAAGGCAGUAGCAAUGCAGAAUGACACUGUAUCCAGCGCCUGCUGCCUCACUUCCAGUUCGGCGAUCUUUCCCUC